AAGAGCACGGUGCCCUGCGUGGCCUGGCCUGGCUUGGGACCAAGGCUCCCUGCUACAUAAGCUGGGGCCCCCAGGGGAGCAAGCACCCGGCCUGGCUCCCUCCCUGCCCGUCCCCAUCCCCCCACCCGUGCCAGCCCCCAGGAUGGGUGGCCCGAAUGCGUGCCGGACGCUGGUGUUGGCUCUGGUGGCCGUGCUCGUGGUGCCGCAGGCAGAGACCCAGGGCCCUGCGGAACCGAGCUGGGGGAGUGCAGGGCACACCACAGACGGCGGUGCCCCGACGUCCUCGCCCACCCGGCGCGUGAGCUUUGUUCCACCCGUCACUGUCUUCCCCAGCCUGAGCCCCCUGAACCCGGCGCACAACGGGCGGGUGUGCAGCACCUGGGGCGACUUCCACUACAAGACCUUCGACGGCGACGUCUUCCACUUCCCCGGCCUCUGCAACUACGUGUUCUCCGAGCACUGCGGCGCCGCCUAUGAGGACUUCAACGUCCAGCUGCGCCGAGGCCUGUUGGGCUCCAGGCCUGUGGUCACCCGUGUUGUCAUCAAGGCCCAGGGGCUGGUGCUGGAGGCGUCCAACGGCUCUGUCCUCAUCAACGGGCAGCGGGAGGAGCUGCCUUACAGCCGCACUGGCCUCCUCGUGGAGCAGAGCGGGGACUAUGUCAAGGUCAGCAUCCGGCUGGUCCUGACAUUCCUGUGGAACGGAGAGGACAGUGCCCUGCUGGAGCUGGACCCCAAAUACGCCAACCAGACCUGUGGCCUGUGUGGGGACUUCAAUGGCCUCCCGACCUUCAACGAGUUCUACGCCCACAACGCCAGGCUGACCCCGCUCCAGUUUGGGAACCUGCAGAAGUUGGACGGGCCCACGGAGCAGUGCCCGGACCCGCUGCCCUUGCCAGCCGGCAACUGCACGGACGAGGAGGGAAUCUGCCACCGCACCCUGCUGGGGCCGGCCUUUGCGGAGUGCCACGCACUGGUGGACAGCGCCGCGUACCUGGCCGCCUGCGCCCAGGACCUGUGCCGCUGCCCCACCUGCCCGUGUGCCACCUUUGUGGAAUACUCACGCCAGUGCGCCCACGCGGGGGGCCAGCCGCGGAACUGGAGGCGCCCUGAGCUCUGCCCCCGGACCUGCCCCCUCAACAUGCAGCACCAGGAGUGUGGCUCACCCUGCGCAGACACCUGCUCCAACCCCCAGCGCGCGCAGCUCUGCGAGGACCACUGUGUGGAUGGCUGCUUCUGCCCCCCAGGCACGGUGCUGGAUGACAUCACGCACUCUGGCUGCCUGCCCCUCGGGCAGUGCCCCUGCACCCACAGCGGCCGCACCUACAGCCCUGGCACCUCCUUCAACACCACCUGCAGCUCCUGCACCUGCUCCGGGGGGCUAUGGCAGUGCCAGGACCUGCCGUGCCCUGGCACCUGCUCUGUGCAGGGCGGGGCCCACAUCUCCACCUACGAUGAGAAACUCUACGACCUGCAUGGUGACUGCAGCUACGUUCUGUCCAAGAAAUGUGCUGACAGCAGCUUCACCGUGCUGGCCGAGCUGCGGAAGUGCGGCCUGACGGACAACGAGAACUGCCUGAAAGCAGUGACGCUCAGCCUGGAUGGCGGGGACACGGCCAUCCGGGUCCAAGCAGAUGGAGGCGUGUUCCUCAACUCCAUCUACACGCAGCUGCCCCUGUCGGCAGCCAACAUCACCCUGUUCACACCCUCGAGCUUCUUCAUCGUGGUGCAGACAGGCCUCGGGCUGCAGUUGCUGGUGCAGCUGGUGCCGCUCAUGCAGGUGUUUGUCAGGCUGGACUCCGCCCACCAGGGCCAGAUGUGCGGCCUGUGUGGGAACUUCAACCAGAACCAGGCUGACGACUUCACGGCCCUCAGUGGGGUGGUGGAGGCCACUGGCGCAGCCUUCGCCAACACCUGGAAGGCCCAGGCCGCCUGUGCCAAUGCCAGGAACAGCUUUGAGGACCCCUGCUCCCUCAGUGUGGAGAAUGAGAACUACGCCCGGCACUGGUGCUCGCGCCUGACCGACCCGAACGGUGCCUUCUCACGCUGCCACUCCGUCAUCAACCCCAAGCCCUUCCACUCGAACUGCAUGUUUGACACCUGCAACUGUGAGCGGAGCGAGGACUGCCUGUGUGCCGCGCUGUCCUCCUAUGUGCACGCCUGCGCUGCCAAGGGCGUGCAGCUCAGCGGCUGGAGGGACGGCGUCUGCACCAAGUACAUGCAGAACUGCCCCAAGUCCCAGCGCUACGCCUACGUGGUGGAUGCCUGCCAGCCCACUUGCCGCGGCCUGAGUGAGGCCGACGUCACCUGCAGCGUUUCCUUCGUGCCUGUGGACGGCUGCACCUGCCCUGCGGGCACCUUCCUCAAUGACGCGGGCACCUGUGUGCCCGCCCAGGAGUGCCCCUGCUACGUUCAUGGCACCGUGCUGGCUCCUGGAGAGGUUGUGCACGACGAAGGCGCCGUGUGUUCAUGUACGGGUGGGAAGCUGAGUUGCCUGGGAGCCUCUCUGCAGAAAAGCACAGGGUGUACCGCCCCCAUGGUGUACCUGGACUGCAGCAACAGCUCGGCGGGCACCCCUGGGGCCGAGUGCCUCCGGAGCUGCCACACGCUGGACGUGGGCUGUUUCAGCACACACUGCGUGUCCGGCUGUGUCUGUCCCCCGGGGCUGGUGUCGGACGGGAGUGGGGGCUGCAUUGCCGAGGAGGACUGCCCCUGCGUGCACAACGAGGCCACCUACAAGCCUGGAGAGACCAUCAGGGUCGACUGCAACACCUGCACCUGCAGGAACCGGAGGUGGGAGUGCAGCCACCGGCUCUGCCUGGGCACCUGUGUGGCCUACGGGGACGGCCACUUCAUCACCUUUGAUGGCGAGCGCUACAGCUUUGAAGGCAGCUGCGAGUACAUCUUGGCCCAGGACUACUGUGGGGACAACACCACCCACGGGACCUUCCGCAUCGUCACCGAGAACAUCCCCUGUGGGACCACCGGCACCACCUGCUCCAAGGCCAUCAAGCUCUUCGUGGAGAGCUACGAGCUGAUCCUCCAGGAGGGGACCUUUAAGGCGGUGGUGCGAGGGCCAGGUGGGGACCCACCCUACAAGAUCCGCUACAUGGGGAUCUUCUUGGUCAUUGAGACCCGCGGGAUGGCCGUGUCCUGGGACCGGAAGACCAGCGUGUUCAUCCGACUGCACCAGGACUACAAGGGCAGGGUCUGCGGCCUGUGCGGGAACUUCGAUGACAAUGCCAUCAAUGACUUUGCCACACGUAGCCGGUCCGUGGUGGGGGACGCGCUGGAGUUCGGGAACAGCUGGAAGCUCUCACCCUCCUGCCCGGAUGCCCUGGUGCCCAAGGACCCCUGCACAGCCAACCCCUUCCGCAAGUCCUGGGCCCAGAAGCAGUGCAGCAUCCUUCACGGCCCCACCUUCGCCGCCUGCCGCUCCCAGGUUGACUCCACCAAGUACUACGAGGCCUGCGUGAACGACGCGUGUGCCUGUGACUCGGGUGGCGACUGCGAGUGUUUCUGCACGGCUGUGGCCGCCUACGCCCAGGCUUGCCACGACGCGGGCCUGUGUGUGUCCUGGCGGACUCCGGACACCUGCCCCUUGUUCUGUGACUUCUACAACCCACACGGGGGCUGUGAGUGGCACUACCAGCCCUGCGGGGCACCCUGCCUGAAAACCUGCCGGAACCCCAGUGGGCACUGCCUGGUGGACCUGCCUGGCCUGGAAGGCUGCUACCCAAAGUGCCCACCCAGUCAGCCCUUCUUCAAUGAGGACCAGAUGAAGUGCGUGGCCCAGUGUGGCUGCUACGACAAGGACGGAAACUACUAUGAUGUCGGUGCAAGGGUCCCCACAGCGGAGAACUGCCAGAGCUGUAACUGCACACCCAGUGGCAUCCAGUGCGCUCACAGCCUUGAGGCCUGCACCUGCACCUAUGAGGACAGGACCUACAGCUACCAGGACGUCAUCUACAACACCACCGAUGGGCUUGGCGCCUGCUUGAUCGCCAUCUGCGGAAGCAACGGCACCAUCAUCAGGAAGGCUGUGGCAUGUCCUGGAACUCCAGCCACAACGCCAUUCACCUUCACCACCACCUGGGUCCCCCACUCCACGACAAGCCCGGCCCUCCCGGUCUCCACCGUGUGUGUCCGCGAGUUCUGCCACUGGUCCAGCUGGUACAAUGGGCACCGCCCAGAGCCCGGCCUGGGAGGUGGAGACUUCGAGACAUUUGAAAACCUGAGGCAGAGAGGGUACCAGGUGUGCCCCAUGCCGGCUGACAUCGAGUGCCGGGCGGGGCAGCUUCCCGACAUGCCGCUGGAGGAGCUGGGCCAGCAGGUGGACUGUGACCGCAUGCGGGGGCUGAUGUGCGCCAACAGCCAGCAGAGCCCCCCGCUCUGUCACGACUAUGAGCUGCGGGUUCUCUGCUGUGAAUACGUGCCCUGUGGCCCCUCCCCGGCCCCAGGCAGCAGCCCCCAGCCCUCCUUCAGUGCCAGCACGGAGCCUGCUGUGCCUACCCCCACCCAGACCACAGCAACCGAAAAGACCACCCUAUGGGUGACCCCGAGCGUCCAGUCGACGGCGGCCCUCACCUCACAGGCUGGGUCCAGCUCAGGCCCAGUGACGGUCACCCCCCCGGCCCCAGGUACCACCACCUGCCAGCCCCGGUGUCAGUGGACAGAGUGGUUUGAUGAGGACUACCCCAAGUCUGAACAACUUGGGGGGGACAUUGAGUCCUACGAUAAGAUCAAGGCCGCGGGAGGGCACUUAUGCCAGCAGCCUAAAGACAUAGAGUGCCAGGCCGAGAGCUUCCCCAACUGGACCCUGGCACAGGUGGGGCAGAAGGUGCACUGUGACGUCCGCUUCGGCCUGGUGUGCAGGAACCGGGAACAGGAGGGCGUGUUCAAGAUGUGCUACAACUACAGGAUCCGGGUCCUGUGCUGCAGCACCGACCACUGUAGGGGACGUGCCACAACCCCGCCACCAGCCACAGAGCCGGAGACAGCCACCACCACCACCACCCAGGCCCUGUUCUCAACGCUGCAGCGUACGAGUAGCCCAGGGGUGACCAGGGCUCCCCUGCCCAGCACCACAGCAGUCCCCACUCUCUCAAAAGGACUGACAUCCCCCAGAUACACAAGCACCCUUGGUACAGCCACCACAAGAGGCCCCACGGUUCCUGCAGCUUCCACAGAACCCACUGUCCCAGGGGUGGCCACAUCCAGCCUUCCAACACACUCAGCCCUUCCAGCGACCACGGGGAGCUCGGGCACAUGGCGCCCCUCACAGCCAUCCACACUGGCCACAACAACAAUGGCAACCUCCAGAGCUCACCCGACAGGCACAGCCAGCACCAGCUCCAAAGAGCCGCUGACCACAAGCCUGGCGCCAACACUCACGAGCAAGCUGUCCACCUCUCGGGCCAACACCAGCACGCCCAGGGCAGAGACGACACCAACCCCCUUGAUUGAGGCCACCACCAGCCAGGGCACAACCCGCUGUCAGCCGAAGUGUGAGUGGACAGAGUGGUUUGACGUGGACUUCCCAACCUCAGGGGUUGCAGGAGGGGACAUGGAAACUUUUGAAAACAUCAAGGCUGCUGGGGGCAAGAUGUGCUGGGCACCAAAGAGCAUAGAGUGCCGGGCGGAGAACUACCCCGAGGUAAGCAUCGACCAGGUCGGGCAGGUGCUGACCUGCAGCCUGGAGACGGGGCUGACCUGCAAGAAUGAGGACCAGACGGGCAGGUUCAACAUGUGCUUCAACUACAAUGUGCGUGUGCUUUGCUGUGACGACUACAGCCACUGCCCCAGCACAGCCGCCCCCACGCCCACCUCCUACACACAGGCACCCAAACUCACCUCCACGGAGGCCACCACAGCGGCCACCAGCCCCACAGUGACUGCCUCCACAGCCACCACUGCCAUGGUGGCCACCACUCCCACAGCCACUGCAACCUGGAGCACCAAGUCACCAGCAGUAACAGGACCCUCAACUCUGGCCACCACUCAAACUGGCCCCAGCUUCUCCAAGACCACAGAGAGGGUGUCCCUCCCCAGUCCCUCUGCCCCUCCAGCUUCCACCACCAGCCUCCCGAGUGCUGGUUCCACGGCUGCCACGCCUAGGAGCACAGGCGCCACAGCCAGACGCACCACCACCCCAGGAACAGCUCACACCACGAAAGUACUGACCACCACAGGCAUCACGACCCAGGCCACCAGCUCCACAGCCACCCCCUACUCCACCCAAAGGACUGCUGAGACCCCUAAAAUGUUGACCACCACUACCACCACAACUGUGGUUGCCAGCUCCACUGCCACCCCCUUCGCCACCGUGCAGACAGCUCACACCCCCAAAGUGCUGACCACCACAGCAACCACCACGGGCUCCACAGUUAUCCCCUCCUCCAGCCCAGGGACGGCAAGCACCCUUCCAGCACUUAUCACCACAACCACCACACCCAAAACUACCAUCUCCAUGGUGACCCCCUCCUCCAUCCCAGGGACCACCCACACCCCUGCAGGGCUGAUCAGCACCACCAUGACAACUGUGGGCACUGGUUCUAUGGCAACACCCACCUCUAGCCCACAGACAGCUGGUACUCCAACAGAACUGACCACCACGGCCACCAAGAUCACGGCCACUGGCUCCACCACCACCCCCUCUUCCACUCCAAGGACAACUCUCAUUCCUCUAGUGUUGAACACCACAGCCAUCACACCUGCAGCCCCCAGCACUGCAGGGACAACUAAUACAUUUCCAGUGCUGACCACAACAUCCACCACACAUGGGCAAUCCCUGCCCCCCAGUAGUCCCCACACAGUGCCCACGGUCUGGACUUCCAUGGCCACCUUGGGCACCACCCACACCACAGAGCCAUCCACGGUGACUUCCCACACCCCAGCAGGAACCACAGGUACCACCCUGCACUCGACUCCAGCCCUGUCCAGCCCUCACCCUAGCAGCACGGCCACCGAGUCACCUCCUUCUCCAGGGAAGACCACCCUGGGCCUCACCACGGCCACCUCCAGGACCACGGCCACGACCACACCCAGCGAGACUCGCAUCUCGACCCUGCUGCCGAGCAGCCCCACAUCAGCCUCCACGACUCCGGUGGUGACCACGGGCUGUGAGCCCCAGUGUGCCUGGUCGGACUGGCUGGACUACAGCUACCCCAUGCCGGGGCCCUCUGGCGGGGACUUUGACACCUACUCCAACAUCCGCGCGGCCGGAGGGGCCGUCUGUGAGCAGCCCCUGGGCCUCGAGUGCCGCGCCCAGGCCCAGCCUGCUGUCCCCCUGCGGGAGUUGGGCCAGAUCGUGGAAUGCAGCCUGGACUUUGGCCUGGUCUGCAGGAACCGUGAGCAGGUGGGGAAGUUCAAGAUGUGCUUCAACUAUGAAAUCCGUGUGUUCUGCUGCAACUACAGCCUCUGCCCCAGCACCCCUGCCUCCAGCUCCACGGCCACGCCCUCCUCCACUCCGGGGACAACCUGGCUCCUCACAGAGCUGACCACAACAGCCACUACGAUUGCAGCCACUGGCUCCACAGCCACCCCCGCCUCCACCCCAGGGACCACCUGGAUCCUCACAGAGCCAACUACUACAGCCACCACAACCGUGGCCACCGGCUCCACGGCCACCGCCUCCUCCACCCUGGCAACUGCUGGCACCCCAAAUGGGACCACCACAGCCAUCACAACCGUGACCACCACGGCCAGGACACCCACAGUCACCGGCUCCAAAGCCACUCCCUCCUCCAGUCCGGGGACUGCAACCACCCUUCCAGCACUGACAAGCACAGCCACCACACCCACAGCUACCAGCAUUACAGCCAUCCCCUCUUCCUCCCUGGGCUCCACCUGGACCCGCCUAUCACAGACCACCACACCCACGGCCACCAUGUCCACAGCCAGACCCUCCUCCACUCCAGAGACCGCCCACACCUCCACAGUGCUUGCCACCACGGCCACCACAACCGGGACCACCGGCUCUGCGGCCACCCCGCCCUCCACCCCAGGAACAGCUCACACUACCAAAGUGCUGACUACCGCAACCACGGGCUUCACAGCCACCGCCUCCUCCAUCCCAGGGACGGCACCCACGCGUCCAGUGCAGAUCAGCACAACCACCACACCCACAACCAGGGGCUCCACGGUGACCCCCUCCUCCAUCCCAGGGACCACCCACACCCCCGCAGUGCUGACCACCACCACCACUACUGUGGCCACUGGUUCUAUGGCAACACCCUCCUCCAGCACACAGACCACUGGUACUCCCCCACCACUGACCACCAGGGUCACUACGAUCACCGCCACCGGCUCCACCACCACCCCCUCCUCCACUCCAGGGACAACUCCCAUCCCCCCGGUGCCGAUCACCACGGCCACCACACAUGGACGAUCCCUGCCCCCCAGCAGUCCCCACACGGUGCCCACAGCCUGGACUUCCGUGGCCACGUCGGGCACCACCCACAUCACAGAGCCAUCCACGGUGACUUCCCACACCCCAGCAGGAACCACAGGUACCACCCUGCACUCGACUCCAGCCCUGUCCAGCCCUCAUCCUAGCAGCAGGGCCACCGAGUCACCCCCUUCUCCAGGGAAGACCACCCUGGGCCUCACCACGGCCACCUCCAGGACCACAGCCACACCCAGUGAGACCCCCGCCUCGACCCUGCUGCCCAGCAGCCCCACAUCGGCCCCCACAACCCCGGCGGUGACCACGGGCUGUGAGCCCCAGUGUGCCUGGUCGGACUGGCUGGACUACAGCUACCCCAUGCCGGGGCCCUCUGGCGGGGACUUUGACACCUACUCCAACAUCCGCGCGGCCGGAGGGGCCGUCUGUGAGCAGCCCCUGGGCCUCGAGUGCCGCGCCCAGGCCCAGCCUGCUGUCCCCCUGCGGGAGUUGGGCCAGAUCGUGGAAUGCAGCCUGGACUUUGGCCUGGUCUGCAGGAACCGUGAGCAGGUGGGGAAGUUCAAGAUGUGCUUCAACUAUGAAAUCCGUGUGUUCUGCUGCAACUACAGCCUCUGCCCCAGCACCCCUGCCUCCAGCUCCACGGCCACGCCCUCCUCCACUCCGGGGACAACCUGGCUCCUCACAGAGCUGACCACAACAGCCACUACGAUUGCAGCCACUGGCUCCACAGCCACCCCCGCCUCCACCCCAGGGACCACCUGGAUCCUCACAGAGCCAACUACUACAGCCACCACAACCGUGGCCACCGGCUCCACGGCCACCGCCUCCUCCACCCUGGCAACUGCUGGCACCCCAAAUGGGACCACCACAGCCAUCACAACCGUGGCCACCGGCUCCACGGCCACCGCCUCCUCCACCUCGGCAACUGCUGGCACCCCAAAGGUGACCACCACGGCCAGGACACCCACAGUCACCGGCUCCAAAGCCACUCCCUCCUCCAGUCCGGGGACUGCAACCACCCUUCCAGCACUGACAAGCACAGCCACCACACCCACAGCUACCAGCAUUACAGCCAUCCCCUCUUCCUCCCUGGGCUCCACCUGGACCCGCCUAUCACAGACCACCACACCCACGGCCACCAUGUCCACAGCCAGACCCUCCUCCACUCCAGAGACCGCCCACACCUCCACAGUGCUUGCCACCACGGCCACCACAACCGGGACCACCGGCUCUGCGGCCACCCCGUCCUCCACCCCAGGAACAGCUCACACUACCAAAGUGCUGACUACCGCAACCACGGGCUUCACAGCCACCGCCUCCUCCAUCCCAGGGACGGCACCCACGCUUCCAGUGCAGAUCAGCACAACCACCACACCCACAACCAGGGGCUCCACGGUGACCCCCUCCUCCAUCCCAGGGACCACCCACACCCCCGCAGUGCUGACCACCACCACCACUACUGUGGCCACUGGUUCUAUGGCAACACCCUCCUCCAGCACACAGACCACUGGUACUCCCCCACCACUGACCACCAGGGUCACUACGAUCACCGCCACCGGCUCCACCACCACCCCCUCCUCCACUCCAGGGACAACUCCCAUCCCCCCGGUGCCGAUCACCACGGCCACCACACAUGGACGAUCCCUGCCCCCCAGCAGUCCCCACACGGUGCCCACAGCCUGGACUUCCGUGGCCACGUCGGGCACCACCCACAUCACAGAGCCAUCCACGGUGACUUCCCACACCCCAGCAGGAACCACAGGUACCACCCUGCACUCGACUCCAGCCCUGUCCAGCCCUCAUCCUAGCAGCAGGGCCACCGAGUCACCCCCUUCUCCAGGGAAGACCACCCUGGGCCUCACCACGGCCACCUCCAGGACCACAGCCACACCCAGUGAGACCCCCGCCUCGACCCUGCUGCCCAGCAGCCCCACAUCGGCCCCCACAACCCCGGCGGUGACCACGGGCUGUGAGCCCCAGUGUGCCUGGUCGGACUGGCUGGACUACAGCUACCCCAUGCCGGGGCCCUCUGGCGGGGACUUUGACACCUACUCCAACAUCCGCGCGGCCGGAGGGGCCGUCUGUGAGCAGCCCCUGGGCCUCGAGUGCCGCGCCCAGGCCCAGCCUGCUGUCCCCCUGCGGGAGUUGGGCCAGAUCGUGGAAUGCAGCCUGGACUUUGGCCUGGUCUGCAGGAACCGUGAGCAGGUGGGGAAGUUCAAGAUGUGCUUCAACUAUGAAAUCCGUGUGUUCUGCUGCAACUACAGCCUCUGCCCCAGCACCCCUGCCUCCAGCUCCACGGCCACGCCCUCCUCCACUCCGGGGACAACCUGGCUCCUCACAGAGCUGACCACAACAGCCACUACGAUUGCAGCCACUGGCUCCACAGCCACCCCCGCCUCCACCCCAGGGACCACCUGGAUCCUCACAGAGCCAACUACUACAGCCACCACAACCGUGGCCACCGGCUCCACGGCCACCGCCUCCUCCACCCUGGCAACUGCUGGCACCCCAAAUGGGACCACCACAGCCAUCACAACCGUGACCACCACGGCCAGGACACCCACAGUCACCGGCUCCAAAGCCACUCCCUCCUCCAGUCCGGGGACUGCAACCACCCUUCCAGCACUGACAAGCACAGCCACCACACCCACAGCUACCAGCAUUACAGCCAUCCCCUCUUCCUCCCUGGGCUCCACCUGGACCCGCCUAUCACAGACCACCACACCCACGGCCACCAUGUCCACAGCCAGACCCUCCUCCACUCCAGAGACCGCCCACACCUCCACAGUGCUUGCCACCACGGCCACCACAACCGGGACCACCGGCUCUGCGGCCACCCCGCCCUCCACCCCAGGAACAGCUCACACUACCAAAGUGCUGACUACCGCAACCACGGGCUUCACAGCCACCGCCUCCUCCAUCCCAGGGACGGCACCCACGCGUCCAGUGCAGAUCAGCACAACCACCACACCCACAACCAGGGGCUCCACGGUGACCCCCUCCUCCAUCCCAGGGACCACCCACACCCCCGCAGUGCUGACCACCACCACCACUACUGUGGCCACUGGUUCUAUGGCAACACCCUCCUCCAGCACACAGACCACUGGUACUCCCCCACCACUGACCACCAGGGUCACUACGAUCACCGCCACCGGCUCCACCACCACCCCCUCCUCCACUCCAGGGACAACUCCCAUCCCCCCGGUGCCGAUCACCACGGCCACCACACAUGGACGAUCCCUGCCCCCCAGCAGUCCCCACACGGUGCCCACAGCCUGGACUUCCGUGGCCACGUCGGGCACCACCCACAUCACAGAGCCAUCCACGGUGACUUCCCACACCCCAGCAGGAACCACAGGUACCACCCUGCACUCGACUCCAGCCCUGUCCAGCCCUCAUCCUAGCAGCAGGGCCACCGAGUCACCCCCUUCUCCAGGGAAGACCACCCUGGGCCUCACCACGGCCACCUCCAGGACCACAGCCACACCCAGUGAGACCCCCGCCUCGACCCUGCUGCCCAGCAGCCCCACAUCGGCCCCCACAACCCCGGCGGUGACCACGGGCUGUGAGCCCCAGUGUGCCUGGUCGGACUGGCUGGACUACAGCUACCCCAUGCCGGGGCCCUCUGGCGGGGACUUUGACACCUACUCCAACAUCCGCGCGGCCGGAGGGGCCGUCUGUGAGCAGCCCCUGGGCCUCGAGUGCCGCGCCCAGGCCCAGCCUGCUGUCCCCCUGCGGGAGUUGGGCCAGAUCGUGGAAUGCAGCCUGGACUUUGGCCUGGUCUGCAGGAACCGUGAGCAGGUGGGGAAGUUCAAGAUGUGCUUCAACUAUGAAAUCCGUGUGUUCUGCUGCAACUACAGCCUCUGUCCCAGCACCCCUGCCUCCAGCUCCACGGCCACGCCCUCCUCCACUCCGGGGACGACCUGGCUCCUCACAGAGCUGUCCACAACAGCCACUACGACUGCAGCCACUGGCUCCACCGCCACCCCCUUCUCCACCCCGGGGACCACCUGGAUCCUCACAGAGCCAGCCACUACAGCCACCAUGAUGGUGCCCACCAGCUCCACAGCCACACCGUCCUCCACUCCAGGGACAACCUGGAUCCUUACAGAGCCAACCACUACAGCCAUCACGACUGUGGCCGCGGGCUCCACGGCCACCCUGACCUCCACCCCGGUAACAGCUCACCCUCCCAAAGUGCUGACCAGCACGGCCACCACACCCAUAGCCAGCAGCUCCAAAGCCACUCCCUCCUCCAGUGCAAGGACUGCAACCACCCUUCCAGUGCUGACAAGCACAGCCACAAAAUCCACAGCUACCAGCUUUACACCCAUCCCCUCCUCCACCCUGUGGACCACCUGGACCCUCGCAGCACAGACCACCACACCCGUGGCCACCAUGUCCACAAUCCACACCUCCUCCACUCCAGAGACCACCCACACCUCCACAGUGCUGACCACCACUGCCACCACGACAAGGGCCACCAGUUCCACAGCCACACCCUCCUCCACUCUGGGGACAACCUGGGUCCUCACAGAGCUGACCACAGCAGCCACUACAACUGCAGCCACUGGCUCCACGGGCACCCCGUCCUCCACCCCAGGGACCACCUGGAUCCUCACAGAGCCAACCACUACAGCCACCAUGACCGUGCCCAGCGGCUCCACGGCCACCGCCUCCUCCACUCCAGGAACAGCUUACAGCCCCAAGGUGGUGACCACCAUGGCCACCAUGCCCACAGCCACUGGCUCCACAGUUCCCAGCUUGUCCACCCUGGGGACCACCCACACCCCUGUAGUGCUCCCCAGCAGCCUGCCAACCUUCAGCAUGUCCACUGUGUCCUCCUCAGUCCUCACCACCCUGAGACCCACUGGCUUGCCCAGCUCCCACUUCUCUACUCCCUGCUUCUGCAGGGCAUUUGGACAGCUCUUCUCGCCUGGGGAAGUCAUCUACAAUAAGACCGACCGAGCCGGCUGCCAUUUCUACGCAGUGUGCAACCAGCACUGUGACAUUGACCGCUUCCAGGGCGCCUGCCCCACCUCCCCAGCACCAGUGUCCUCCACCCCGCUGUCCUCGCCCUCCCCUGUCCCUGGCUGUGACAAUGCCAUUCCUCCCCGGCAGGUGAAUGAGACCUGGACCCUGGAGAACUGCAUGGUGGCCAGGUGCAUGGGUGACAACCGUGUCAUCCUGCUGGAUCCAAAGCCUGUGGCCAACGUCACCUGCGUGAACAAGCACCUGCCCAUCAAAGUGUUGGACCCGAUCCAGCCCUGUGACUUCCACUAUGAGUGCGAGUGCAUCUGCAGCAUGUGGGGCGGCUCCCACUAUUCCACCUUUGAUGGCACCUCUUACACCUUCCGGGGCAACUGCACCUAUGUCCUCAUGAGAGAGAUCCACGCACGCUUUGGGAAUCUCAGCCUCUACCUGGACAACCAUUACUGCACGGCCUCUGCCACUGCCGCCAGCUGCCCCCGCGCCCUCAGCAUCCACUACAAGUCCAUGGACAUCGUCCUCACCGUCACCAUGGUGCAUGGGAAGGAGGAGGGCCUGACCCUGUUUGACAAAAUUCCGGUGAGCAGCGGUUUCAGCAAGAACGGCGUGCUGGUGUCUGUGACGGGGACCACCACCAUGCGUGUGGACAUUCCUGCCCUGGGCGUGAGCGUCACCUUCGAUGGCCACGUCUUCCAGGCCCGGCUGCCCUACAGCCUCUUCCACAACAACACCGAGGGCCAGUGCGGCACCUGCACCAACAACCAGAGGGACGACUGUCUCCAGCGGGAUGGAACCACUGCCGCCAGCUGCAAGGACAUGGCCAAGACUUGGCUGGUCCCCGACAGCAGAAAGGAUGGCUGCUGGGCCCCGACUGGCACACCCCCUACUGCCAGCCCCCCGGCCCCGGUGUCUAGCACACCCACCCCCAGCCCGUGCCCACCGCAGCCGCUCUGUGAUCUGAUGCUGAGCCAGGUCUUUGCUGAGUGCCACGACCUUGUGCCCCCGGGCCCAUUCUUCAACGCCUGCAUCAGUGACCACUGCGGGGGCCGCCCCGAGGUGCCCUGCCAGAGCCUGGAGGCCUACGCAGCACUCUGCCGCACCCGGGGAGUGUGCAGUGACUGGCGAGGUGCAACCGGCGGCCUGUGCGACCUCACCUGCCCGCCCACCAAAGUGUACAAGCCAUGCGGCCACAUACAGCCUGCCACCUGCAACUCCAGGAACCAGAAUCCACAGCUGGAGGGUCUGGCGGAGGGCUGCUUCUGCCCUGAGGACCAGAUCCUCUUCAACGCACACACAGGCAUCUGCGUGCAGGCCUGCCCCUGCGUGGGACCCGAUGGGUUUCCCAAAUUCCCCGGGGAGCGGUGGGUCAGCAACUGCCAGUCCUGCGUGUGUGACGAGGGUUCAGUGUCGGUGCAGUGCAAGCCCCUGCCCUGUGAGGCCCAGGGUCAGCCCCUGCCGUGCAGCCGUCCCGGCUUCGUGACCGUGACCAGGCCCCGGGCCGACAACCCCUGCUGCCCCGAGACGGUGUGCGUGUGCAACACAACCACCUGCCCCCAGAGCCUGCCCGUGUGCCCGCCAGGGCAGGAGUUGAUCUGCACCCAGGAGGAGGGCGACUGCUGUCCCACCUUCCGCUGCAGACCUCAGCUGUGUUCAUACAACGGCACCUUCUACGGGGUUGGUGCAACCUUCCCAGGGGCCCUUCCCUGCCACACAUGUACCUGCCUCUCUGGGGACACCCAGGACCCAACGGUGCAAUGUCAGGAGGAUGCCUGCAACAAUACUACCUGCCCCCAGGGCUUUGAGUACAAGACAGUGGCCGGGCAGUGCUGUGGGGAGUGCAUGCAGACUGCCUGCCUCACGCCCGAUGGCCAGCCAGUCCAGCUGAACGAAACCUGGGUCAACAGCCGUGUGGACAACUGCACUGUGUACCUCUGUGAGGUUGAGGGUGGAGUCCAUUUGCUGACCCCACAGCCUGCAUCCUGCCCAGAUGUGUCCAGCUGCAGGGGGAGCCUCAGGAAAACCGGCUGCUGCUACUCCUGUGAGGAGGACUCCUGUCAAGUCCGCGUCAACAUGACCGUCCUGUGGCAUGAGGGCUGCGAGACUGAGGUCAACAUCACCUUCUGCGAGGGCUCCUGCCCCGGAGUGUCCAAGUACUUGGCAGAGGCCCAGGCCAUGCAGCACCAGUGCACCUGCUGCCAGGAGAGGCGGGUCCAUGAGGAGACGGUACCCUUGCGCUGUCCCGACGGCUCGGCCAUCCUGCACACCUACACGCACGUGGAUGAGUGUGGCUGCACGCCCUUCUGUGUCCCUGCUCCCAGGGCUCCCCCACACACCCCUGGCUUCCUGGCCCAGGAGGCCACUGCUGUCUGAGGACGUUCUGCCUCCAUCCCCAUGCUCUGUCCACCUGGAGCCAGGACGUGCAUUGUCCAAUCAUGAAAACCUUGGGCCUGCUCCUCGGAGCCCCCCGGCCUCUGUGUGUGGCACCCCGUGCUCCGUGCUCCUGCUGCCCACCCCAUGGGUGAAACCAGCCCUGGAAGGG